AUGAUAAUAAACUAAGGCACUAACAAAGUCUAGACAAUUAAUAAGAAAAUACAGAAGAAGUAAUUGGUAAAGGAAACAAAAAAGGUUGAAGUUGAAAAUGAGGAAGAAGUGCCCUAAGAAUAAUCUGAAUCGGAAGAAAAGGUCAGAAUUUCCAAUAUAGAUCAAUUGGAAGAACAACCAGAAUAAAAUAAGAAUGUUAACACAGCCAUUUUGUCUGAUAAGAAAUUUACUGAUUUCGCACUUUGUGAACCAUCAAAGAAAGCAUUAGAAAAGAUGAACUUUACAAAAAUGACCCACAUUCAAGCUAGAGCAAUACCACAUUUAUUAAAAGGUAGAGAUGUUUUAGGAGCUGCAAAGACUGGCUCAGGCAAAACCUUGGCUUUCUUGGUACCAGCCUUAGAGCUUUUAUAUAAAAAUUAAUUUUAAUAAAAAAAUGGAACUGGUAUCAUUGUGCUCACUCCAACAAGAGAACUGGCCUAAUAAAUAUUUGAUGUUGCUAAGGAUCUCUUAUUCUAUCAUUAAAAAACUCUAGGAUUACUUAUUGGAGGUGCUAAUAGAAAAGAAGAAGCUAUUCGAUUGUAAAAAGGAGUCAACAUUCUAAUUGCUACUCCUGGUAGAUUGUUGGAUCACUUAUAGAAUACUAAAGGAUUUAUUUAUCAUAAUUUAUAAUGUUUGAUAAUAGAUGAAGCAGAUCAACUAUUGAAGAUUGGUUAUGAAGAAGAAAUGAAUGAAAUUCUUAAUUUAUUACCAAGUGAAAGAUAAACUGUAUUAUUUUCAGCAACUCAGACCAAAAAGGUUGAUGAUUUAGCUAGAUUAUCACUCAAUCAACCCAUAUACAUUGGAGUUGAUGAUAUUGCAUAGGAGGCUACUGUGAGUGGUUUAGAAUAAGGCUAUGUCAUUGUUGAAGCAGACAAGAAGUUUUUGCUGUUAUUCACAUUCUUAUAACUUAAUUCAGAUAAAAAGAUCAUGGUUUUCAUGUCAUCAUGCAACUCAGUCAAAUUUCAUGCCGAGUUAUUGAAUUUUGUUGAUAUGCCUGUUCUUGAUAUUCAUGGAAAGUAAAAGUAAAGUAAAAGAACAAAUACAUAUUAUGAAUUCUGUAAUGCAAAGAAAGGAGUUCUCGUAUGCACUGAUGUUGCAGCUAGAGGUUUGGAUAUUCCAGAAGUCCAUUGGAUUAUAUAAUAUGAUCCUCCUGAUGACACAAAAGAAUACAUCCACAGAGUUGGUAGAACUUGCAGAGGACUUAAUUCUUCAGGAAAGGCAUUGAUAUUUUUACUACCAGAAGAAAAAGGUUAUUUGGGUCACUUAAAAUUGGCCAAGGUCGUAAUGAAUGAAUUUGAGUUUCCUUCAGAGAAACUAGCAAAUAUAUAAGAAUAAUUUGAAAAACUCAUAGAGAAGAACUACUUUCUUAAUAAAAGUGCUUUCGAAGCUUAUAGAUCAUAUUUACAUUCUUAUCAAUCCCAUAGUCUCAAAGAUGUUUAUGAUGUUAACAAUUUAGACCUUGUUAAAGUCUCCAAAUCAUUUGGUUUUAAAUGCCCACCCAGAGUGUCAUUAAAUAUUAAGAUUGCAAGUUCAACAAAGCGUAAAUAGAAGGUUCAAUCUUUUAUGAAUAAGAAGAAACCAGGAUAAUGGAAUAAAAAGUAGCAAUCGGAUGGAAGAUAAUUUAUGAGAUGA